AUGGAGAAACUUACCAAUUUCCUGCACUCCUAUAUAAACCUCAAACUACAAAUCAUCCGCCCCAAGCACCGAAAAAACCCGCUGUUUUCAAAACACAUAAACGCUAAUACCAUGGCCGGUUCCUCCACUUCACCACUGCAACCUGCACUCUGCACUCCCGACAUCACCAACGUUGAUCAGAACAUCGCAGCAGCAAUCUCUACCGUCCAUCCAGACAUCAUAGAGACCCAUAUAUUGACCCGACUUGAUGGCCCAACUCUCGCAUCCGCCUCCUGCGCCUCUACUCACUUUCGUGCACUCGCGUCACAGGAAAACCUGUGGACUAACAUUUGUCACUCGACAUGGCCUUCCACCAGCUCUCCACGUGUUCAACACGUCAUCUCUAACUCCAGCAACGGUUCCCGCUCGUUCUUCUCUGACGCAUUCGCAUUAACCACGGAUCCCGCAAGCUUUGAGAACUCGUCAGAAAAUCCUGACCUUCCAUCGGAAUUAAUCUCAGCCGUUGAUAUUUAUUACAAAAAGGAGCUCAUUUUCAGCAAAGUCAUCGAAACGGAAACGCUAAGCGCUUGGUUCAAAUGCUCACCUUUUCGGGUGGAUUUAUUGGAUCCGAAAGAAGCGGUUUCGACCCGGAUAGCACACCCUGACACGGCGGACACAUGUAGGGAUCUGGAGGAGGACAUGGAGCUGAGCUGGAUCGUGAUCGACCCUAUAGGAAAACGGGCGAUGAAUCUCUCGAGUCAAAGACCGGUAAACGUACAUCGGCACUGGCUGAGCGGGGAGGUGCAGGUGAAGUUCGCAUCGGUAGUGGCCGGCGGGAAGAGUGGGGCUGCGACGGAGUUGGUGCAGUGCGGGGUGGUGGUCACGUGCGGGGAGUCGGUGAGAGGGGAAAUGCACGUGAGGGAGGUGAGUUUGCAGGUGGAAGACAUGGAUGGGAUGUUCAUGAAUGGUAGGGAUAGCUUGGUAAUUUUGAAGAGGGGAUUGGAGGGUAAAAGAGGAAAAGGAAAACUAAGGGAGGAGAGAAGGAAGAAUGAAGUUGCGGAAUUUUUGGAGAGGAAAAGAGAGAGAAAAGAAAGGAAAAUGAGAAGGGAAGGGGCUCUAGAAAUGCUUUGCGUUGCGUUUGGCGUUUUGGCGGUUGCUUCCUCCGGAUUGUUUCUUUUCUUAAGAUAA